AUGUCCGAUCCUCCUAAUUCUGACCAGCACCUCCUCGACCGCCUGAAUGCCCUCAAGAAAUCAAGCGUCCAGCUAGACUCCUCAAAUUCUACUUUCAACCCCCCAACACCUAAACAAGCCACCCCAGAAAUAGAUCUCUCUGCACGGCUCAGAAACCUUCGAAAUGGCUCAUUAUCUCCAUCCUCAUCCCCUAUUCCAACGACGAAACCAACAAACACCACAUACGCAGAGCCCAGCUUCUCCCAAUAUGAAGAUAUAGAUCCCCUCCGGAAUCCCGUAGAUACCGAUGACCAAACGCUUGAAGAACUCUUAGCCGAUCUUGGACCAGAAGAUCAAUGGACGUUGGACCCAGACGAUCCAAAAGACGUCCAGAAGCUUCUAGAUGAAGCAAAAAGUGCCUUACCCCGCGAUGAAGUGGUUGGAGAUCCAGUUACCAGGACAAGGGAGGAAACCGAGGACGGAGCAGAAAAUAAGGGAAAGAAUUUACUGACGAGAGAUCUCGAUAUGUCUGUCUUUUCUGUAGAUGACGAUGAAGCUGCAUCUGGAGAGAGGGCACGAGCUGCGGGGUUAGAAGAUGAAUCACGUGAGGUACAGGAUAUUGUUGCCAGGCUUUUGGACGAGGUCAAUCUAGAAAGAGGAAAUGACGAAUUGGAGGGGGAAGAUACGCCGAAGGAGGCUGUAGAAAAAAGUGCUAAGAAUGUGGGAAAUGAAGACAAAGAAGGUAGAGCUCUUUCGCUCCCCUCUGCACCAUCUUCACUCCCCUCACCACCACCAUCCGCAACAGAACCACCAGGUCCAGAACGCAGCAGAAAAUCCCUCGAUUUCGAGUCAGAUAUUGCGGCCCGCAUGGCUGCGCUCCACGGCCCCGGUUCCAGCUCUUCAGCCGACCCCCUUGGGCUUCCCUCCGCGCCGACAUUCGCACCAGUAGCCAAACCUACGAAGAGCAAGCAGUAUGCAGAUGAAGAGAUCGAUAGCUGGUGCAUUAUCUGUCAGGAUGACGCAACGGUUGAGUGUCAAGGGUGUGAUAGCGAUUUGUAUUGCGCGCGGUGCUGGAAGGAAGGACAUGUUGGCCCUGAUGCUGCUUUUGAGAUGAGGAGGCAUAAGUGGAGUAUGUUUAAGAAACCGAAUUAG